UAUGAGGUGGUGGAACUAUAAAUACACAUAUAGUUUGGAUUAAUCUCGUGGAGAGCAUGGAGGUGGUAGUGGAGAAAGUGUUUCACAUGAAUGGAGGUGGCGGAGACACAAGCUAUCACCUAAACUCUUCACUUCAGAAAAAUGCUGCUGAGAGGAUAAAUGAAUUAGCCAUAGAAGCUAUGGAACAAACGUAUUCUGCGUUGAGGCCGGAAAGCCUUGGCAUAGCUGAUCUUGGCUGCUCGUCUGCCUCCAACGCACUGCGCUACAUCAAAAUGGCUGUCAAUAGCUUUAUGAGCACGCCCGAGUUUCGUGUCUGCCUCAAUGAUCUCCCAACCAAUGACUUCAACACCCUUUUUAAGACAUUGCCGGAUUUUUACCAAGAUUUGAAGGAAGGAAACAACAAUCCAUCAGUUUUCGUGGCUGCAUAUCCAGGCAGUUUUUAUGGCAGGCUUUUCCCACACAAGAGCUUGCACUUUGUGUUUUCCUUCUGCGCUUUGCAGUGGCUAUCACGGAUUCCUCCAGGGAUCUACGACGAUCAAGGGCGGUCUCUUAACCGAGAGAGCGUAUACAUAACUAAGAAGAGCCCGCGUCAAGUCAUCGAUGCAUACGCGAAGCAAUUCGCUGAAGAUUUGUGGGCCUUCUUAGAGGGUCGAGCGGUGGAAGUGAUGAGCGGGGGAAGGAUGGCACUGCUGAUUGCCGGGAGGAAGAUUUCCGACUAUUUCUCCCUCGACAAAACAUUCCUCUGGGAAAAUCUCUAUCAAUCUUUCCUCACACUUGUUUCCAAAGGUAAAAUUGAGAAAGAAAUGGUGGAGUCUUACGAUGUUCACUUUUAUGAGCCGUGCAAACAAGAAAUAGAAGAUAUAGUGAGAAAGGAAGGGUCGUUCGAAUUGGAGCGUUUUGAAAUUGUGGAGAAGGAGAUAGAUUCGAGCUUCUCUGGUGUAGUGAUGGCCAAAGCAGUGAGGGCAGUUCAGCAGUCCAUGAUUUCUCAUCACUUUGGAGAGGGGAUAAUGGAUGAAUUGUUUGAUGAGUAUGCCAAAUUGUUGGAUAAAGAGAUAGCUACCAAUAAUUAUAAGGUCAUUCACAUUGCUGUUGUUCUCACAAAAUUGUAGUACUAGCUACUUGUCAAAACUAUUUCAUUGUA